GCGAGAUGACAAACUGCCAUUGGAGGGCUGAAGAAGAACACUGACGCGUCAUAUGGUUUCUGAAUAGAUCACUGACUUAAUUAUUAUUAUUAUUAAGUAUCUUAAUGAACUUGCACGUGCUGUGCUUUCUCGUGUAGUCGCGGUUUAAAGUGUAAUGCUGUAUCCUUUAGUGGAGCCAGUGCAGAGUUAGCUGACAUUACUGCAGGUGAGUGACAUGAACAUGGGAUCCAAAGGCAAAAAGAAAAUGGUUCUGCCAACUCGACCUGACCUGCCAUCAGUGGAACAGAUCAUCGAGGACAUAAACCGAGCCGAGCCCAAUGAUCCGGUCUUCAGGCUACAAAUACAUAAUGAAGCAGGAUCACAUAGCAGCGAAGAAGUGGAGGCCCGCUACUUGCAAAGCCGACAUUAUCUGGAGCUGAACGAGGGGCUACAGGGGGCUCGUGUUGAACUAACACGGAGAAGAGAUGAACUCAAGAUGGUGGGCGAGUCGUUAGAACAAAGUGUGGCAGCGGUGAAGGGCAGAGCACUCUGACUGGUCUUCAUGUGCUCCUGGGGGACCACAUGGAAUGAUAAUAUGGGGGCUUUGGAAGUAUUUCAGUGCCUGAAUCUUUUCAUGAUAUUACUUUGCAUGUAAAUUCACCCUCCAUGGACAUUUCCGAGAUCCAAAGGAACUUUGAAAAAAUAAAGUUGAAGGAAAAAGUUCAUGUUUUGGGGAAGACUAUAAUGUAGGAAAACCAAAGGGAUGCUCUUUGUGCCUAACAUCCUACACCAUCAUUUCCUUAAUGCUGCUCAGUCAUGCUGUGUCUUAACAAUAUACUGUUAUCAUAAUAGCCUACAACAUUACUAUCUUUCUAAUUGCGCAGUUUGGGCAUGAUACAGAUUAAAUCCUUUGUCUUCUCUCUGUGGAAUAUCAAGUCUUAUAUUUGUGACCUUUACUGUCAACUGUAUCUAUUAGUAGUAAUGAAGUGAGAUUGCAUUAAUUUUGUUCACUUGGUGCUACGAAAGUUCAUAAUAUUAUAAUGUAUACAGAAUAUGUUGAAGAUUUAGCAAGGCUAGAUAUGAAGUCAAGUUCUGUUUAAAAUUCAUAGACUGCAAUAAAUACAUAUGUCCACACGGGCAGUCGAACUGAGUGGAUGAAAAGAAGAAAGAGAAAGGUGAAAAGGAAAUUCACACGGAAGUUUAAUGUGAACAUUUAUUAUGGAAAUCAACCAUUGUCUGUCACUGUAUAAUACUGUUGGUCUCGAAUACAUUCAGAGUUUAGAGUUUGGCAAAAUAGCUGAACAUUUCGGUGUACAACAGUGCUCGGAGAUGGUUUUAAAGGUUUCACUCCAAAUUAGUAUAAUCGAGAACACCAAUUCCUUGAAAAUGUUUCACUUAUGGACCUGUGCUUCAUUUCUGUACCUCUACUGAAUGAGAAAUAAAGGAACUUUUUUUUGUUGCAGAA